ACGUGCGCGCGCCCUCUCCCUCCUCCACCGCUGCCGCCUCCUUCUUCUGCCGCUCCUGGUGCUGCUUGUGUGCUCGUUCGGUGCGGACCUGGUACCUCUUUUGUGAAGCGGCAGCUGAGGAGACUCCGGCGUUCGCCAUGGCCGACGAAAAGCCCAAGGAAGGAGUCAAGACUGAGAACAACGAUCAUAUUAAUUUGAAGGUGGCGGGGCAGGAUGGUUCUGUGGUGCAGUUUAAGAUUAAGAGGCAUACACCACUUAGUAAACUAAUGAAAGCCUAUUGUGAACGACAGGGUUUGUCAAUGAGGCAGAUCAGAUUCCGAUUUGACGGGCAGCCAAUCAAUGAAACAGACACACCUGCACAGUUGGAAAUGGAGGAUGAAGAUACAAUUGAUGUGUUCCAGCAGCAGACAGGAGGUGUCUAUUAAAAAGGGAACCCGCUACUUUACUCCAGAACUCUCUUCCUCCAGACCAAGAAGACAUUCUCAAUUAGAAAACCGCAAUUUGGUUCCAGCGCGUCCUGACUACUACAGUAUAGUUUUCUCUAUUCUUUCAUUUUCCCCUUCCCCAUUCCUUUAUUGUACAUAAAGUAACUGGUGUAUGUGCACAAGCAUAUUGCAUUUUUUUUUUUUAAACUAAAUGGCCAAUGGUAUGUUUUAAUUGACAUCAAAUGGAGAUGGGAUAGGGAAAAAUACUGGUUCUGUGAAAAUACCCCCUUUCUCCAUUAGUGGCAUGCUCAUUCAGCUCUUAUCUUUAUAUUCCAGUAAGUUAUUUUGCUCUCACUGUUUAACAAAAAAAAAAGAACAACAUAAAAAUCCUUGCAUACCUUGUUCGAUUGGAGAAUUUUAAUGUUUUUCAUUUAUCAUUGUAAAACCAAGGACAAUUUUAUAACUUUUUUGUACGUAGCUGUUACAUGUAGGGCAAUCUGUCUUUAAGUAGGGAUAAAUUACUCUAAAAGAAAUGAAUCCUAGAUAGUUUUCCCUUCAAGUCAAGCGUCUUGUUGUUUAAAUAAACUUCUUGUUUAAAAUGA